AUGGCAAGGAUUGCGUCUAGUCCGGUAGCGCGUCUCCUGCUGGCCGCCCACGGCGCGUUGGCAGGGUUGACUGUCGAUGUUGAGAAUGCAGACUCCGUUAAGGCGGCCGCGGCUCUUGUGGCAGAAGAUCUAAUGACAUUAUAUCAUGGCAAUGAGACAGGCCAAACUCCCGGCAUCUUUGACUCUCCUCCAGCUGGAGAUUAUUGGUGGUGGACGGGAUCUACUCUAUGGAGUUCUUUGUUGGGCUAUCGAAACCGGACUGGAGACACAAAGUACGACGAGACAAUCUCUCAGGGCCUCAUGUUCCAGGUCGGUCCGAAUAACGAUUACAUGCCUCUAAACUGGACGGCUAGCGAAGGCAACGAUGACCAGGGCCUGUGGGCAUUGUCGGCUAUGGCUGCUGGGCUAUAUGGCCUUCCAAACGGGGGAAACAACAAUCCUCAAUGGGUGGAUGUGGCCAAGAGCGUUUUCGAUGAGCAGCAUAUGCAUGAUCGACGAGUAGAUGAAGAUGAUUGCGCCGGAGCGUUGAGAUGGCAGAUCUACCCUUUUAAUAAAGGUUACGACUACGUUAACUCUGCUUCCAAUAUCGCCUUCUUGAACCUUGCUGCCCAACUGGCAUAUGUGACCGGUAACAAGACAUACGCGGAUGCGGCCAGCGAUACCUUCGAUCUGCUCUCGGAUAUCGGACUCGUCACUGAGGACUUUGAUGUUUACGACGGUGCUCAAGCGGACGACUGCGAUGUCAACAAGGCACAGUUCUCAUACGACGCUGGAUUGCUGAUUCAAGGCGCUGCAUUCAUGUACAACCAUACUGGAGAGGACGGCUGGAGGGGUCGCCUAGACGGACUUGUCAAUCGGACCCUGGAUAAAUUCUUCGUCGACGGCGCAGCUUUCGAAGUCGCUUGCGAAGAGAGUAACAGAUGCAAUACAGAUAUGUACUUCCUCAAGGGCAUAUUACUCAGAACACUCGGUUCAGCUAUGCAAGUCGCUCCUCACACCGCCGACAAGAUCCUCCCCGUUCUUAAAUCGAGCGCCAAGGCCGCCGCGGCUCAGUGCACUGGCGGUGAUAACGGUCGCAUGUGUGGCUUCAAGUGGGCUAGCGGCAAGUUCGACGGCAAGACAGGACCUGCUCAGCAAAUCAACGUACUGGAAGCCUUGGUUAGUGUUCUCCCUGCCGGUGGUGCGACCACGGGGAGCAACUCCAACGGCACCGAUAGCGGAAGCAAUGGCCAGAACACCCAGGGCAGCACGACGGACGACCACCAAUCCAUGGGAGUGCGGUCUAGCGUGAGCGUCGCAGCAUUGGUAGGAUCUGCUUUGCUGGGCAGUCUUUUCAUGUAA